CGCGGAGCGCGGAGCCCGGGUCCCGAGGCGCCGGGCGCUCCUCCCCCCACGCUCCCCCUCCCGCCGCGGCUCGUCCCGCCGCCGCCGCUUCUCGCCGUCAAGCGCGGCGUCGGCAAGAUGGCGGCGCCCAGGCCGCCGCCCGCCCGGCUGUCCGGCGUCAUGGUGCCCGCGCCCAUCCAGGACCUGGAGGCCCUCCGCGCGCUGACGGCGCUCUUCAAGGAGCAGCGGAAUCGGGAAACCGCACCCAGGACUAUCUUCCAGAGAGUCCUGGGUAUCUUAAAGAAGUCCUCCCACGCCGUGGAGCUGGCCUGCAGGGACCCGUCGCAGGUGGAGCACCUGGCUUCCAGUCUGCAGCUGAUCACAGAGUGCUUCCGGUGCCUCCGCAAUGCUUGCAUCGAGUGUCCUGGGAACCAGAACGCCAUCAGGAACUUGGAUACAGUCGGCAUAGCCGUGGAUUUGAUUCUUCUGUUCCGGGAACUGCGAGCGGAACAGGAGGCGCUGCUGACAGCCUUUCGCUGUGGCCUGCAGUUUUUGGGCAACAUCGCCUCGCGGAACGAGGACUCCCAGGCCGCCGUCUGGGUGCACGCCUUCCCGGAACUCUUUCUGUCUUGCUUAAAUCAUCCAGACAAAAAAAUCGUUUCCUACUCGUCAAUGAUCUUGUUCACAUCCCUCAAUUCUGGAAGAAUGAAAGAACUGGAAGAAAACCUCAACAUUGCGAUCGACGUCGUGAACGCUCACCAAAAGCAGCCUGAGUCGGAGUGGCCGUUCUUGAUUAUUACGGACCAUUUUCUGAAAAGCCCGGAAUUGGUCAAAGCCAUGCACGCCAAAAUGAGCAAUCAAGAAAGGGUGACGUUGCUGGACGUUAUGAUUGCCAAAAUAGCGGGCGAGGAGCCCCUGAGCAAGGACGACGUGCCCGUGUUUCUGAGCCACGCCGAGCUGAUCGCAGGCGCCUUCGUGGCGCAGUGCAAGACGGUGCUGAACUUGGCCUCCGAGCAGCGUGACGAUGAGGAGGCGCUGGCCACGAUCAGGCUCCUGGACGUCCUGUGUGAGAUGACGGCGAGCACGGACCUGCUCGGCCACCUGCAGGGCCACCCCGGCCUGCUGGAGAGGGGCAUCGAGCUUUUACGGCUGGUCCACGCAGCCGGCAGAGACGGCGCGAACAUCUUCAGCUCCUCGGGCCGCGUGAGAGCGGGAGGCGACGUCUCCGGCGUGGCCGAGGGCUUCAAGUCCCACCUCAUCCGCCUGAUCGGGAACAUGUGCUACCGGAACAAAGACAACCAGGACAAGGUGGGGUGCCUCCUCCCGAGGGUCACACAUGCGCGACUUCACUGACAGUGUCGUGUGUUUAGAAUUGGAGUCUGUUCGCUGUUUUGCAGUGAAACCUUAAAGUGCUUAGACAGGCACUUGAGAUGUGUGUGUGUGUGAGAAGCGUGUGUGUACGUGUGCCUGUGCCCGCAGGGGAGCACCAGGCGCCGUGCUUGUCUGUGUCAAUGUUUGCAGUUUUGUGAUUUGCAUCGUUUGUCCUUAGCGUGUCUGAGUCAGUCUCCUGUCCUGUGAGUGGUCAGUCUUGGUCCUAAGCUUCUGCCCUCACACACUCUCAUGCGUCACGUAGAGGACAGUCAGUGAAAACGGGUAUUUGAAAAGCUUAGAAAUUGUCAAACACCUAGUCGACACUUCAUACACAGUAGUUAUUGUUGAUAUUACGGGCAUCAUCUU